UGAACAAAACAUGCUCUUCGAUACACACGUCAAGAAUCCACAAGAAGACCAUGAUUGCAUUCGCAAAUGAAAAGUGGAACGUUGCAACUGCAACUUCAACUUCACCUCUCCAUUAUGUUCCUCCUCAAGACAUGGAGACAAACGGCUUUUGGUGUUUAUGGGUACCUUAAUUUCACCAAAGCUGGUUUUCUUGAUCAUUCUAAGAAAUUCAAACCAGAGGAAAUCGAAACACAAAUACCAGGGAAGAAUUGCAUUGUUACAGGAGCUAACUCUGGAAUUGGCUAUGCAGCAGCUCAGGGUCUUGCACAGCGUGGUGCAACCGUGUAUCUUGUAUGUCGUAAUAAGGAGAGAGGAGAGGCUGCUCUUUCUGAAAUUCAAACUAGAACCGGCAAUCAAAAUGUGUAUUUGGAGAUUUGUGACCUUUCAUCUGUCACUGAAAUCAAGUCACUUGCUUCCAGGCUUUCUAAAAAAAAUGUGCCAGUUCAUGUGUUGGUUAACAAUGCCGGCUUGCUCGAGCAAAACCGAGUUACCACAUCAGAAGGGUAUGAGUUGAACUUUGCUGUAAAUGUAUUAGGCACUUACACCAUGACAGAAUUGAUGGUGCCAUUACUGGAGAAAGCUUCCCCUGAUGCACGUGUAAUUACUGUUUCUUCUGGUGGAAUGUAUGCUUCUCCCUUGACCAAAGAUCUACAGUAUUCCGAGAGCAACUUUAAUGGGGUUGAACAAUAUGCUCGAAACAAGCGUGUUCAGGUUGCCCUAACAGAAAAGUGGGCUGAGAAAUAUAAGAACAAAGGGAUAGGAUUCUACUCAAUGCACCCUGGUUGGGCUGAGACUCCUGGGGUUGCAAAGAGUUUGCCAAGCUUCUCUAAAGCGCUUUCGGGGAAGCUUAGAACAAGUGAAGAAGGUGCAGACACAGUUAUCUGGCUGGCGUUACAACCAAAGGAAAAACUGGUAUCAGGAGCAUUGUAUUUUGAUAGAGCUGAAGCUCCAAAGCACCUUACAUUUGCUGCUACGAGUGGUUCUCAUGCUUUGAUCGACUCUAUUGUUGAUAGUCUUCAUUCCAUGGCUUCUCCUUUUGUCAAUUAGGUAGAGUACUUUUACCCAGGAAUUAAAACCUUGAAGUUUUGUAAUUAAUCAUAGAACUCUAAAAUAAAUGACAGUAAUAUAAAUUGCUUUCAACAAUCAUCAAUGCCUACUCUCCCAACUAUACCAAAAACAUUGGAGACUUGAUGAUGGUAACUUUUUAUGCACUAUCAGUGUGGCUACUU